UAUGUCGAUGCCAGAUGAAUUUGUGAUCUAUCGCGCCGAAGGAAUGAUUUCGAAUGGACCUAAUGGGGCGCAAGUGAAUCCUGCUUGCCCAUCUGUGGUCAAACGGCUGGCAGAGCUGAAUUACAAGUCGUUCCAACACGUGCGACGCGCGAUAAUGGAGAUGUUUCAGCUGAAUGAAGCUACGCAUGAGCUCACUUUGCAGCACAUUGUGUAUGUAGGGAGCAGUCCCCCGGGUUCUCCUUACAAAGUGCUGAUUGAUAUAGUAGGGCAGGAUUCCUGGGUGGCAUUUCUGGAUGUGGGACUCCGUUAUCGCUGUCUCAGACUAUAUGCCAGAUGGAACGACAAAGGAACAAGCUCUAUUUCUACUGAAAUCAACAUCAGUAACACGACAGUUUCAGACAAAGAGACUGUCAUAAUAAUUGAUUCCAAUCAUGGGAGCUGGCCAAAUUGCAAGCACGAAAAACCAUGCACCAUAGAAACUUCGAGGGAUAGUGAAGAUCCAGGCCGAAGGUUCUACCGCUGCCCUUUCUACAAGCCCGGAGAACGCUGCGAUUUCACCAAAUGGUUGGACAAUAGGUUCCCUAAAAGGGCAAUCGAGCUUAUAAAUAAACUCCAGGGUAACGAGAAGGUCCUCCAGCGGCAAGUUGACAACCUAGAGUGUGAGAUAGAGGAACUUCGUCGCCGUCAGCGGAAACGACCCACCAAAGAAGCAUCUGUUAGUAUUGGAAACAGGUGCUCGUGUGGCAAGAGCCCUUGCGAGGUGGCUUGUCACACCUCACAACCAAGACGAACCGAAACACCCAAUCCAAAUUCCCAAAUUGGCUAAGGACAAUUGGUGCUCCAAUAAGCAGAGUGGUCUCUAACUCCUGGCUACUCAUUUGUAUUAUGAAUCUUGUUGUCUUUUGUGUUGUUCAGUCAUUAGUAGUACUCCCUCGGGUCCUUUUUAAUUAACUCAAAUUUAGUACAAAGUUUUGUACUAAAUCUGAGUCAA